AUGCCCCAUGGGGCCUGUGUACGUAUGUUGGCUGCCUCUUGGUUCAGCAGCUGUUUGAAUGCCAUCAUGUACACAGCCAGCACCUUCUCUCUAUCCUUCUGUGGCCCCAACACUGUCCACCAGAUCUUCUGCGAUGGUCCCCAGUUGCUAAGACUUGCAUGUUCCACUGACCAUGUCCCAGAAGAUGUGAGUUUAGUCACCAGCAUCUGCUUAGGUUUCUUCUGUUUCGUGCUCAUCGUGGGCUCCUACGUCCGCAUCUUCUCAGCCGUGCUGAGGAUAACGUCAGUGGAGGGACGCUCCAAAGCCUUCUCCACCUGUGUACCCCACCUGGUUGUAGUCGCUCUGUAUGUCACGUCUGCCGUGUCUGCCUACCUAAAGCCGAUAUCCGACUCUCCCUCUGAACUAGACCUGCUGGUGUCUGUGUGCUAUGCAGUGGUGCCCCCUACUCUGAUCCACAUUGCACCAUUCCUCCUGGUCAAUCUGGCAGCCUUGAUGAGGAAUCUCCUCACCAUUACCGUCACCACCCUUGACUGGCACUUUCAUGUGAGUUUAGCCAUAACCAUCUGCUUAGCUUUCUUCUUCUUCGUGCUCAUCAUGGACUCCUACGUCCGCAUUUUCUCAGUCGUGCUGAGGGUGCCGUCAGCGGAGGGCAGCCCCAAGGCAUUCUCCACGUAG